AUCUCUCCUGACUACCAAAAGAUCAAUUCUCCAUCAUAGGGAACCGCACCUUUUAGGGGGCGAUAUUGGACAAAGAAACCAAAAAAAAACUGGCAACGUCACCGCGAUUCAUCACAAAACGGGAUAUUUCCAUUACAACAGGAGAGUUAACGGGACGCGUAGGCUCGUCUUUUUUUGUGGUUCUCCUUACUUUCUCUCUUUGUCUCCCAAUACCAUUCAUUCUGUUGACCAUAGUUCUACUACCCCGACUGAAACUACCAGAUUUUUUGGAACCCCUCCAAAAAAAGAAAACAGACAAAAAAAAAUCAGACCACAAGAUCCCCGGCAUGAACCAUGUCAGCAAGAGGCGCGCUGACCGUCCGGGCCUGCAGCAAAUGCCGCAAGAAGAAGAGAAAGUGCGAUGGUCAACACCCCUGCUCCAACUGUCAAGCUCGACAAGAACCCUGCAACUACAGCGUCAAGGAGUGGACGUCAAAGGAUGGGCUGCGGUCCGAGAUACAGGAGCUCAAGAGGAGGCAGGAGAGCACCGACACGGUCCUGGACGCGUUGAGGUCGCCUAGCACCAGCGGCAUCGUGCUGGAGCAGCUCCAGCGCGGCGAUUCCGUCGCCGAGAUUGAGGAAAAGGUUCUGGGCUUGACCUCGAGGAAUCCCGGAGUUGCAGUCGAUGGAGCGUCGUCGCGAGCAGCCGUCUUAGCUGACGGGGCGCGAGGUGGCGGUGGUGUUGGUGUCGGUGAUGUAAAUGGCGCGGUUACUUUUAGACGCGGCUCCUCUUCCGCGUCGAGCUCACACGCUCCCAUGUUGACGGGUCUCCCUUUCGACGUGGGCAUGAUUCGCUCCAGCAUCAGCCCGGACGGGAUGACUAUGGCGGUUCCAGUGGCAGUGGCGCCGGGAAUGCUCCCGCCGAUGAAAAAACUCUCAGAAUCGUACACUUCGGCCGGGUCCGAGUCUUCAUCAGCAACCACGUCCCCGCCGCUCCCGCGACCGCAUCCUAAGCCGCUACAGCAGCGCGACUCGGCAUCCUCAUGGCCGCCACCACCACUACCACCACCACAACAACCCCCGACGACGACGACAACGACGAAUUUUGACCAAAUGCGGGGCGGCCCCCGCAUCUUCUCGACCGCCAUCAUGGAAUACCACGUCAACCUCCUAUUCUCAUGGGAAUGCCCACCGCUGACCAUGAUCGACCGCGUCGCCUUCCUGACAGAUUUCGCCACGAGCAGAGACCGAUACUGCUCAAACGCGCUCGAGUACGCCAUCAUGGCUGUCAGCACGAGGCUGAACGAUGCCCUGGCCAACAGGGACCCGAGGACUUCUGCGCCGGGCCCCUCGACGACGACGACGAGUGAGAGACAGCUCAUGGAUCACCACCACCACCACCAUCACCAUAAACUUCAUCACCAGCAGCAGCAGCAGCAACAACAACAACAACAACAGCCGGGCAAACUGUAUUUUGACCGCGGGCUGAUGCUGCUCUCGGACGAGACGCAACCCGCGAGGCUGCCAGACGUGCAGGCGCUUGGCCUCUUGUCUCUCUUUGAAGUGUGUAACGGCAACGAAGGGUUCGCGCGCGUCCUGGCCGAGCGCUGUCUUCAAGGAACACUGGAGCUGCUGCGGCGGGAGACGACAGCCCCAGCAGGGAUGUCGCCGACUGACACGUCUAGCCUGACGAGGCAAGAAGUUGCCGAGACGUACGCGGGUGCUUAUACGCUGGCCAGCAUCCUAGAACUAGUGACAUACUCGCAGCCAGGCGCCCUACGUUCAUUGUCGUGGCAGCCGUGGCUCAGAGAGAACGCCGGGAGCCGCACGAGAAAGUUUUCCGACGUAGUAUUCGACCUGACUUGCAUCAUCGGGACGACCUUGUCCCUCCCAAUGUCAAAAGAUCCCGCCGUCGUUCUGGGCGUCUAUGAAAAGUGCCUCGAGUGGUACAACUCUGCGCUCGGGGUGCUGCGGGAUGCCGUGGCCGAAGGGACGCCGUCUAGUUUGUUUCUCCACAUGUACUACCAUUUCUACCUCGGCGUUCUCUUCCGCCCGCUGGCCGACCAACUAAGCCACGACAGCACCGACGGCUACGACUUUGACAUGUCAUCAGGAUCAUCCGGGCCGACCAGCAUGACGAUGACGACGACGACGACCAUCACGACGGCGACGGGCGACCGGGUCAGCCCGCGGACCAUCUGCACCGAGUCGGCGCACGCCGUCAUCGCGCUGGCCCAGUCCUUUCGGCGCAUCCACACGCUGCGGCGGACGCCCGCCUUCCUGCCGUACUUUGUCUACGCCGCGGGCCUGAUGCUGCUGGAGCAGGACUGGAUCGAGGCAAGAGGGGGAGCUACAACCGAUGCCGCCGGUGGUGGUGUUGAUGGGGUGGUGGACGGUGUGGUGAAUGGGGUGGGCGAUGGUGGGCGACGAGGAGGAGGUGGGGGAGGAGGAGGAGGCAGUGAUCGGGGCAGCAGCGUCAGCAGCAGACACGGCCAUAUCGGCGGCAUGAGAAGGGAGAGCGUGCAGAAUGCCGGCGUCGCGUUGGCGUUGGCUCAGCUGGCAGAGAUGGCCAGGGGUCAUCCUGCGGCCGCAGAGGCCUUGGAGGAUUUGAGGAGCAAGGACAUGAAUAGGUAG